CGGCUAGCCAAUGACAGGCACACCCACUUUCGUAUAUCACGUCAUUCGUAUUCUAUAUUUCUUUGAAGGCUUACUAAGUAAAGAAUGGCUUGUUAGCGCGGUAACGCCUCUUUGUUAAUUUUCCGAUCAUCGACUACUCAUUGAUGUUCGACUACACAUCGAGAUUUCAAAUGUCAUUUCUUACAACAUUGGCGACAUGUGGCAAUUAACGUAUUUAUUUAUUAAAAAAGAUACGCAAUAUAAUAUAUUUCAACUAUUAAGUAAUAAGACAUUACAAUUUGGUGGUUCUAUGAAAAAUGGUUGAUCGCUAGAUUUGAUAUAUGUAUGUGUAUUCAAGAAAAAAAUUGUGUGAAAAAAAUAAAUAAUUAAUAUAAUAUCGAUUUAUAUACGCGCGUAAACAUGCCGCGUACCAAAGCAUCACCAAAAAAAUGUAUUAAAACAACUAAUUCACAUCCAGGUACAAAUACAUGGGUUUUUCUAAUGAAAGGUGAUAAUUUAAGUAAUACAGAUGGUGGUGUACCUGAUGUUAUUAAAUUAAGGCAUCCAGCUACAAAUCAGCCUGCAAUGUUUGUAUUUAGUCCAGGCAAUGUAACAGUACAAGAAGUUUUAACAUUUGAUGAAAAUAAAAGAUCAUGGUUUAUAGAUGAUAAUGUAAAAUCUGAUGGAAAAUUACAUUUAUCUACUCCUAUUGAUCCAAUAUUUUUAAUAUUACCUUAUUUGAGAAAGUCACAACAAGCACAACCAUUAGAACAAUGUCUUUGGGAUGAAGAUUUUCCAGAAAUGACUCGUCUCAUUCAAUGUCAAAAUUUAAAAUUGAUAUUAAUUGCUGAUCGUAAAGGAGAUGAAUCAUUACAAGCUUAUAAAUUUAAUGAAGAAAAAACAUUGAUUUGGUUGCGUAAGAAAGUGGAAAGAGUAGUUGAAGUAUUAAAACAGAAGGGUAUUCAUGUAUCGCAGGGUGCUAUUAGUGCUACUUAUGUUAAAAGUGCUAAACAUGAAACUGUUUCAGAAAUGGAGUAUUUAAAAUAUGCUCAUGGUAUUGUAUCAGAGUAUCUUGCAGAAGAUUUAUCAAAAAAAUUAGCACAAUAUUUAAAUAUACUAGAUGAAACAGAAAAUAAAAAACGAAAAUUAAAUAGUCCUAAAGACAAUGGUGAUGAAAAAAGGUCUAAGAAAGAUACAAGUGAAAAUGAAUCAGUAUUAAAACCAAAAACAUCUGAAUCAACCAAAUUAGAGAAGCCUCAAAAAACAAUUGGUAAAAAGGAAUUAGCCAGACAAAAGGCUGCAUCUGGAUCCAAAAGCAUUACUAGCUUCUUUAAGAAAAAAUAAAGUUUAGGAAAUUUAAAA